GUAGGCAUUUUUUUGAAUGACUAACCCAAAACCUAUGAAACCUAAGAAGAAAGUCUAACUGUUUGUAUUAGUCACACCAAUCGAGGACAACUUUAGUUAGAGAACAGGGUGUUGUUGUAUUUCUUUGUCAAUAAUGAAAAAAAAAACAGUUUUAAAGGGAAAGUAUCAAUUCGAGUUGUAGUUUGGUGUGCAAAUGACGCUGUCAUUUAAAACUAUGUUUUUGAAGUAUGCGCAAACAUGCAAUGGAGGGCUAUAGUACUGUGCCUACUGGUAUUGAGGCUGGCUUUCAAUUGUGUGGUUUGGCUUGUUUUGGCAUUGGGACCUAGCCUGGGAUUUUACCAGCAUUUCCCAAUAAACUUUCAGUUCAAUCUGGAGAAAGUACAAGUAUUAACUGGACUGCCUUCGAAAAGUCCGAGUUGGUUUGAGCAGAUCCGUGCGAGACGACAACAGCCCAAGAAUAGGGAUGUAUGUGACAACAAACCGUACUUGGAGUACUUCGUGUCUAACUGGGAUGAGUAUGGGAAAAAAUACGGGUUCUUUCCGCGGGCCCUAAAACAGCAAAUGAAGAAUUUAGCAAAAGAAAUGUUUCACUUUGGUUAUGACAAUUACAUGAAGUAUGCCUUUCCUGCAGACGAGUUAAAUCCUAUUGAUUGUCUGGGGAGAGGGCCAGAUGUACUGAAUCCUUCAAAUAUUAACAUCAAUGAUGUACUAGGCAACUAUUCGCUGACACUGAUCGAUGCACUGGACACUCUGCUAGUGAUGGGGAAUGCGUCAGAAUUCCAAAGAGCAGUAAAGCUGGUAAUGGAUACAAUUUCCUUUGACAAAGAUUCUACUGUUCAGGUCUUUGAAGCAACCAUUAGAAUCAUGGGAAGCCUUCUUUCUGCCCAUAUGAUCUUAACUGACCCCAAACAGCCAUUGGGUAAAAUGAAUCUAGAGGAUUACGAUGAUGAGCUCUUACAUCUGGCCCAUGACCUGGCUGUGCGACUGCUACCUGCAUUUGAGAACACCAAAACUGGAAUUCCAUAUCCUAGGGUGAAUUUGAAGAAAGGUGUGCCUCCAGAUAGCAUCAAUGAAACAUGUACUGCUGGAGCUGGUUCUCUUUUGGUUGAGUUUGGAAUUCUCAGCCGACUGCUUGGCGACUCCACAUUUGAAUGGACAGCACGACAAGCAGUGAAAGCACUUUGGAACCUCAGAAGUAAUGAGACUGGAUUGUUAGGGAAUGUGGUAAAUAUUCAGACUGGUGAAUGGGUUGGAAAGCAGAGUGGCCUUGGAGCAGGAAUGGAUUCAUUUUAUGAGUAUCUGCUAAAGUCUUACAUCCUGUUUGGAGAGAAGGAAGACCUGGAAAUGUUUAAUGCUGCUUACCAAAGUAUCCAAAAUUACCUAAGAAGAGGACGAGAAUUUUGCAAUGAAGGACAUGGUGACCCCCCACUUUAUGUCAAUGUCAACAUGCUGGAUGGACAUCUGAUGAAUACCUGGAUAGAUUCUCUCCAGGCCUUCUUUCCAGGACUUCAGGUUCUUAUGGGUGAUGUAGAAGAUGCCAUUUGUCUGCAUGCCUUUUAUUAUGCAAUAUGGAAAAAAUUUGGAGCUCUUCCAGAGCGUUACAAUUGGCAACUACAGGCACCUGAUGUUCUUUUUUAUCCGCUAAGGCCAGAGCUGAUGGAAUCUACAUACCUUCUUUAUCAGGCCACAAAGAAUCCUUUCUACCUUCAUGUAGGCAUGGACAUCCUUGAAAGUCUGGAGAAACACACAAAAGUCAGGUGUGGGUAUGCAACACUUCACCAUGUUGUAGAAAAGACGAAAGAAGACCGAAUGGAGAGUUUUUUCCUCAGUGAGACCUGCAAAUAUUUAUAUUUGUUAUUUGAUGAAGACAACCCAUUGCACAACUCUGAAAACAGACACAUAUUUACUACUGAAGGGCACAUAGUGCCAGUGCAUAGAAACUUCCGUGAGAAUCUCUGGCAAGAUGUAUUUCCCAACAAAGAAGAAAGCGUGAAAGAAUCUAAACAGCCUGAUUUUAGACUUGCCAACUCUAGCACUAAUUGCAACAGGGUUCCUGACCACCGACGGUUUGCACUACCUUUGAAGAGUAUGUACAUGAAACAAAUUGACCAUAUGGUAGGGCUAACAUAAACACGUUUCUCAAAUGCUGACAUACUCAGGACCAGGAAUAACUCAACUACAGGAAAUUUCAAAGUGUAGUCCAAAGUUUUAUCAAUGCCUUAAUGUUUAAUAUCUGUUGGCAGUUUUACAGUGAUUUGAAAACUAGGCUUAUGAACACAAUUCUGUUUCGUUAUUCUUUUGGAUGUCACACCUGUUGCCAAAAGUUUAGAGCCUCAGCAUUUAUUAAUGGCAGCAUAUUGCUGUACAGUGGAAGGCUCGCUUUUUAAUCUGAAGUUUCCAUGUAAAACUGGCUUGAGGAAUUUGUCUAACAUCUUUCAUUUGCUAAUAAAUGCCCCAGCUAAGUGCCUAAUAAUGUCUUCCCAUGCCUUGCACCAGUAGCAUUUGCUCUGUCUACAUGUUUCCACAGAAGCCUUUGACGAUGCAGCUCUAUGAAGGAGUGGAACAAGCCUAGCUUAGGACAGCCUUCUAUUACAGUCAUGUCAUGACACACUAAGCACAUUUCUGAGUAUGCAUCACCAGUGCCAUAUUGUUCCAUUUAUGUUCUGCAUUGAAAUGGUACAUUCAUGAUGCUUCAUUUUGCUCCAUGUUUGAAAAUGUUUGUCCCAUCAAGUUAUUUUUUUUCUUCUUUGAUAUUAUCGAUGCAACUUUUUUAAGAAAAUGAAAAAUGUUUUUUACUGGUUGUCCAGAAGCAUCCCUCAGCCACAUGAAAUAAACCUCAAAGUCUGCUUUUGACAGACACCUACUGCUAUAAAGUGAACAACACACAAAAAAUGAAGUUGUAAGGAAGCAGCGAGAAUAAAUGUAAAUCAGAAAGGCUUCUGUCUUAAGGUUUAACAUACCCUGCCUUGAGAAUGUGUUUAUAACAGUAAUUUGCAGGUACCAGCUGCUGUUUUCCAGAGGGAAGAAAAUCUGUAAAAGUUUAGUUAAGUGAUGGUCUGUAGCAAAAAAAAAAGUAAAGGUAUUGAUCUUUUAUUUUUCCAGAAAUGUUUAACUAAUUUUUAGAUUUAUUUCAUUGAAAAUUUUAAAUGUGAAAAUGAGCAAAAUUCUGUUGGAAUUCACUCUCACAAUGCGAGUUUCCAUGUUCUGUAUAUCUGCUGAAUAAUCCCUACUUGAAAACUGACAACUGGGAAAUUUAAAAUAUUGCCACAGCAUUGUAGCUUUUGCUGCCAGAUAUUAUGUUAUCCCUUUAGGAUAACCUGAAUUUCUGGUAUAAAAUUCAGCACUUAAUAUGCAGAGAACAUUUUCUUGAAAUGUAUGAAUAUUUUUGGAAUGUUUUAAAAGUGGAAUGUUGAGUUUCGGUACAGUUGUAGAAAUAUAUUAGAGUGUGCUGAUGCCGGAUUGCUAGCAUUAAGGUGAAUAAUUGCAUCUAUUCAAAGAAGAUACUGUGGGUUGCACAGGUCAUUCAUAAAUCACUGGCUGAAAACUGUUGUAUUGUUCAUGCAAACAUCUGUAAAGCAUUUUCUUAGAACAUUUUCUCUUUUCUUUUUUUUAUUUUCUUUCUUUCUUUCUCUUACUUUGAAAUUGAGAAAACGUGAUUGCAUUUGACUUAUAAAGUUUAAUUUAUGCAUUAUUUGACUCCCUGUUGAGGGAGAUGAUUUUAAUUCUAUGUAAAAUUGAUAUGGAAAAUUGAGUUAUUGUUUAUGUUGCACUAUGUAUACAUUUAAACAAAAUCUGUUGUGGGUAAGGAAUGAAAACAAGGAUAAUAUUGCAAAGAAUACAUUUGCCUAAAAUUGAUUUUAAAGGGAAAAAAAAUCUCCUUAAAUAAUUUACUUUCUGUUUAACAUAGGCUGGAGGCAUAAGUAAUGUUCAGUGGAGGAACACACGUACUGUUUUGAUUUUUGACAUUUGUAAUGGUAAACUGAUUCUCAUGUCUGUGCCAUUGUAAUAUAAUUUUGAUGGAUUGAGAAGAAUUAACUAGCACACACACACAUAGUUAUACCAAAAUACAAGUUUCUUCAAUGGAAUUAUAACCACAGAAAGCACUUGCUUCCAUGUUUUUUUUAUACAGCAGAGGUGUCUUAUUUAUAAAACUCCAUGAACUCUUUCAAUGAUCAUUUUCUAACCAGCUGAACUAGAUAUAUAAACACUGUGUAUGUUUUUACUUUGCUUGAUGUGUACCUUGUUUUCAUUAGAUCAUCUUAUCCUAUACAGAUUUUGUUUUGUUUUUAAGAUUUUAAACACAACUGAAAAUGGUAUUAUUUGAAAAGAAAUAUUGUUUCCUUGCUGAGAAUCCCAAUAUUUACAGUACUGGUUUGUGUUCAGAAUUAUUGUUGUGUUAAAGUACCUUAUUUUAUGGUACCAGAAAUUCAGUUUCUUCAGCCAUCAUGGACUUUCUGCACAAACAGUUUCCGUUUUAUGUCUGUGGUAUUAAUUUGUUUGUCUCAUGUGUCUCCUGCAGUGAUUGAAAAUUACUAGUGCAAUAAAAAGUUAAGCAUA